ACAUUGACAAUCAGACCAAUCAGCCCUUGUCAUAAAAUACUACUUUUUGUGUCAUAAAAGUGUAAUUUAAUUGAACAGUUAUUAUUUAGAAAUAAAAAUAGGUAUUAAUUGUUGGUGAAAAAUAAGUUAUAUAUUAUAUAUAUAUAUAUGUAUAUCUAUAGACAUUAGCAACCACCUGAUUCGUUUUGUUAUGUAGAUAAUUUUCGUAAACCAAAAUGGAACAUUUGGCUCAAGAUUUAUCCAUAGCUCUAGAAGAAUCAGAAAGUUGUGGCUCUCUUAAUAUCAUUAAUGUAGGAAAAUGGGGCAUGAGACGAAGAACCCGCUCUGCAGGAAAUUUACAUCUGUAUACAAACAAACCUGGAGACAACAAUUCUGAUGCAAGUUCAAGUAGUAACUCCGAAAUUCGUAUCGACAAACAUCGAAACAAACUGGUUAGCUUCCAUCAGUCUGAUUCGGAUGAUAUGUCGUUUAGCAUAACAGUAGCAAAAACAUUAAAUCAAAGAACAUCCCUUAGAAUGAGGCAUCCCAUGUAUAAUUUCUUAAAAGGUGUUAGUCACUGUCUGGAAAGUGACUCAGUAAACGAACAUUCACCGGCACGUCCGAAUAUUAGAAGGAAAAGGAAAUUUAAGAGGAUGAGUGUUGACGAAACACCAAUGCCACCUUGCGGUAAAAGAAAAAGGCCUCAAAGAAUGGAAAUUGCUGAUAAUGGGAAAUCUUCAAGAUACAGUAUAAAAAUUAAACCAUUACACCAAAGCCUGGUAGACAAAAUUGAAAAAUUUUGUCAUCCAUCCACUGGCGCUUGUAACUCCAUGGAAACUCAGGGAUUUGAUGAAAAUUGCGAAAUAGCAAGUGAAAGUAGCAUAAGCUGGAGUGGAGGUGAAGGCCAUGAAGGAGAUGACGAGCUUACUGAUUGGGGUCCAUCAAUGGAUAGUUCCUCGACUAUGGAUCAAUCAUUUAAUGACUCCGAUCCCAGAGAAAUUAGAGCAGGUUGUCGAAGGUUGGGUGAAGAACGACCUGGUUUCAGUAUAAAUACAAGUGCCAACGAAAGAGUAGCCAAAUUUUUACAAGAUACAUCAAAAUCUGAAUUGAGAUUAUACGGAGCAGAACGUGAUAAAUUAGGUCAGUUGGCGACGUUGUAUUCAUUGGAUCUGUGGUUUGAAAGUCCAAGUGCGUCCUUGCUUCGAAAGACCACUAGAACUCCUUCAAUGCAACCUACACAGCGACAUCAUUCGGCUUUAACAGCAGUACACAAGAAAAUUCGUACUCACAGCCAUCAUAUGAUCUCAUAAUUUCUCAACGUGAUACUUGAAGAAAUGAACUUUUUUUUGUUUUGAUAAUUUUUAUUUUUAGUUAGUUGUGUAAGUUACGAAGUCGAAAGUUUUGUAUUUUGUUUGUAUCUAUCCAUUAGCUACUUUAGAAUAUAGAAACACUCACAUUAUCAUUUUUUAUUGCCAACAAACAUUUUUUCAUUGGAAAGUAAAAAUUUGGUCAGUAUGGUUUACAAGGACUGAAUAUUUAAGUGGAAGUUCUGAAAAUGUUGAACAAAAAUUUACUGACUUGAACGUAGUAUUAGGAUGCUCUACCGCACAGUACUUUGCUGACAUUUACGUUUUCUUUUGUGUCUAUCUUGUUGUCUUUUGUUUAGGUACAUUUUUUUCAGAAUAUCUCCACAGCAAUAAAAAUCUGCUUGUGUCAUUGGUAUUACUUCUAAAAGAUUUUUUAUUUUUGUUUUUCUAACAGCGUUAUGCCAUUCUUCUGGUGAGUAUAUUGGCGUGGUUGCAAUAAGCUUCGAUUCAUUUUUGUAAAGAGAUUAAAACUAAUAAAAUGAAAUUAGCUUCAGUUUUAUGACAGAAAAUGGACCAUGUAGUUUUUGUUCAUAAAAAUGUCGCACUGCCAAUGUUGCACAUUGCUUUUUAUACACUCUUUGAUGUUCAUAUUUUGUAUAUUGUAACUAAACGCCAGUAAGUAUUUGAAAGAAACCAAAACAAAAACUACACAUACCCCUAUCUUACUAACUCAAAAUAUGAUCAAAUUUUAUCUCAAAAGGGAGGGGAAUAUUAAAUUCUCAUAAAAUCCUUAAGCCUAAGAAAUAUCUAAAAUAAACUUACUAGAUUCCUCUUAGACAUGCUUUAUCACCAUUGCUGUUCUUUGUAUUACUUUUGGCAGAACCAAAACAACCAUUUUAACUUAGUGAACUUCUAAGAUUGUCUAUAGGUAUCUGUUAAACACUGAUGAGCCGUUAAAAAGUAUUGGGGAGCAAAACAUGACCAAACGACAAAACAUAGACUUAGUUAUGUAAAUGCCGAAAUCCACCAGCAAGGUUUCGUCUUUAAUAUAUAAUAAAAAUUGGUAAAUAGAGAGUUUGGAGAUUGAUUACUACUUUUAAAUUAAAGUUUCAUGAACGUAUAUUUUUUAUAGUUAGAUUACAUCUUUAGACUAUAGAUGAACCAUAAAGAAUUUGACCAAAUGGUGCUUGCUCAUGUUAUAAAUCCACUUCAAAACUGGACGGAAUUAUAAGAAUGAAAUAAAACCAAAUCGUUUCAGUAUAGCUUUUUUUUAUUUUUCAAAUGGAAUUUGAAUUAUCAUACACGCUGUUAACAGUUAGUGGGGAAAGGGAUUUUGAUUAGUUUUUUUGACAGUGAUUGCUUCUUUGGUACAACGACUAAGGGACUAUCAUCUAGUUAAUUAAUCAGUCAAAGUAAAUAAUCAUUAUAAAAUUGUUCCAAAAGUUCUCUCAUAAACAUAUAUUACAAACUUAAUAACUAUAAUUUUGUGUAUAAAAAGUUAACGUUAUUUUGAUUAAUUAUAUCUAUAUAAUUAUCAAUAUAUAUUGUGAGACUUUUGACUACUGUUUAAUACCUUAAUUUUAUUAAUCAAUGUUUCCACAAAUCCCAAUUAAUUAUUUCCCAGACGAUAAAUACAUAAGUAUUCGAAAGGUCGGAAAAUAUAUUAAAAUUAGUGUACUUUGGUGUUUCAUUGCCACAUUCUCAAUAAUAUACAUUUUUAAGGAAUGGUGAAAGUUUUCGCUGAUAUUUUAUCAUUUCCUGUUAGGGAAUAGUUAUUUACGUUAUAAGUACAGGUAGUGAUUUAGUACGGUACGAGUUAGAUGUUUAUGGAAGAGACGUCAAAGGAGCCGAUUCUAGAAUAUUUAAUUGAGUACCAUAAUAAUAGCUUUACAGACGUAUAUCAUAAUAUGUUUUUUUUUCAUACUGACUGUUUUCAGUUUUAACUGAAAAGCAAAAUUAUAUUAAAAUAUGAAAUGUU